UCUCCUUACGAUCUGUUCCAGGCACUUCUACAAGCCCACGAUGUUGCCGGCCACGAGGUCUACGGCGAGGAAGCCACCAGGGUAACGCCGCCGCCACUCCUCACGUAUCUGAAUGGCGGCGACGAUCUCGAAGGACAAAACGGUGACUUAGAUGAGAAGAUCACUCGCGUCAGACUGGUGCAGUUCCAGAAGAACACGGAUGAGCCGAUGGGAAUCACACUGAAAAUGAAUGAGGAUGGUCAGUGCUUCGUGGCGCGGAUUAUGCACGGUGGGAUGAUCCAUAGACAAGCCACUCUUCACGUCGGUGAUGAAAUUAGAGAGAUCAACGGUAUACCAGUUCAGAAUCAAUCCGUUAAUUCCUUGCAAAAGAUUCUGCGGGAGGCACGUGGAUCGGUGACUUUCAAGAUCGUGCCGUCGUACAGGAGCGCGCCGCCCCCCUGCGAGUUGUUCAGGAUUAAGCCUCUGCCAGUGUUAAUUUUCGUACGAGCGCAAUUCGACUACGAUCCACUGGAGGACGAACUGAUACCCUGCGCGCAGGCUGGGAUCGCUUUUAAAACCGGUGACAUUCUGCAGAUCAUCAGCAAGGAUGAUCAUCACUGGUGGCAAGCGCGGAAGGACAAUGCGGCUGGUUCCGCGGGUCUUAUCCCUUCGCCCGAACUUCAGGAGUGGCGCAUCGCUUGCAUGUCUAUGGAGAAGAACAAACAAGAACAAGAUGCUGAAGGAGAAGGUGGAUGUUCUUCUCACACCGAAGGCUGCGACGGCUCGACAGUAAAUUGCUCAAUAUUCGGCCGGAAAAAGAAGCAAUACAAGGAUAAAUAUCUUGCAAAGCACAACGCUGUAUUCGACCAGCUGGACCUGGUGACCUACGAAGAGGUCGUGAAGCUUCCUUAUCCUGCCUUCCAACGGAGAACUUUAGUAUUAUUGGGAGCACAUGGCGUCGGUCGACGACACAUAAAAAAUACAAUUAUUUCCAAGCAUCCCGAUAAAUACGCCUAUCCUAUUCCGCAUACAACGAGGCCUCCACGAAGUGACGAAGAAAAUGGUCGUAACUACUAUUUCGUAUCGCACGAUGAAAUGAUGGCAGAUAUAUCUGCUAAUGAAUACCUCGAAUACGGUACGCAUGAAGAUGCUAUGUACGGAACUAAGCUUGAAACUAUUCGCAAAAUUCACGAAGAAGGCAGAAUGGCCAUAUUGGAUGUUGAACCGCAGGCACUGAAAGUUUUACGGACUGCUGAAUUUGCACCUUAUGUCGUCUUCAUCGCUGCACCAGCAUUUGGAAAUGUUACGGAUUUCGACGGUAGUCUGGAGCGUCUGGCGAAGGAGUCGGACAUGCUGAAACAGGCGUACGGGCAUUUCUUUGAUUUGACCAUCGUGAACAACGAUCUCGACGAGACGAUCGCCCAGCUGGAGGCCGCGAUCGAGCGCGUUCACACGACACCACAAUGGGUGCCCGUCUCUUGGGUCUACUGACAGCGGUCUUCGCCGGUACGUCACAUUGUCACCACGGACUGCAACGGCUCAUCGAGGAUAAAGCAGUGAUCGCUGGUGCCGUGACGAUCAUCGUACCACGGUCGGUCCUCUCGACGCGAAGAUCCGACGCAGACACCCACCGGCGUCCAACAGCAGGAAUACGCCGCAGGCAGCUACAUCGUGCACGUAGGACGUACUCAACGUACCAGCAAAUCUAGCCGCCGACGAUCGGCUCGACGGUGAAAACGAUCCAAGUGCGUGCGACUAUACGAUGGCCGUGUGUUCAUGAAAUUCUUUCCAUCGCCGCGUAAUUGUUAUUACCAGUCGCGGGACACGAGAGGAGGCCAGCGACGUGCCGUUAGUCAUCCCGGUCCGUCGAUGAGUACCGCCGCCGCGUCCGUCAACGGGGCGUCGGACCAUCCGUUGGAAAAUGGAAAACGCGUCAUCAUCGAAGCACGACGAAGAUCGAAGUGACGGCAAUGACGUCGUCACGUGCGUCUAGAAACGGACGCUUUUUCGCGGACCACCAACUCUUUCCUGCUGCAUCUUCUUCUCCCUCUGCUCCGUCUUCCUCCUUCGAGGAUUAAAGGAUUAUAAAGACAAGGAGUAACACCCUCCGGAUCAGCUGGGACUUCUCUUGAAACGAGACUGCUGAACGAAUGCCUGUCUUUCCUCUUCUAUUCCGCGCAGUCUGUCGCUUCUCUCGAACACAUUCCUGGCACGGUUUCGGCGAAUUCACACACGAAUUUCUCGCGGUUCCACACUUAAGGCAAUCGCGUUUGCGAACGCGAGCUACAUACAUGUGCAGUGAUACGGCAACGCGAUGGCAACCAUCAGAGAACGUCGCGCAGAAUUCGUGGAAAACCAAACGAGAAACAAUAGCCGCGUUCAUACUUUCGCGCGGACAUCAAACCGAGCGGCUGAAUCUUCGUACCCUUUAUCUGCGGAAUCUAUCGACUUUCCGUAAACUGUAAUUGCCUCCUAUCUCGUACUUUAUCGUAUAAUUACUUAACGAAAAGAAGCUAGAGAUCGUGCGGCACGGCAGUGCCAAUGAAUAUAUAGUAUAUAAAUACACACAUAUAUGUAUAUACGUAUGCUUGUAUAUAUAUGUGUAUGUGUGUAUGUGUGUAUGUAUAUAGCGAAAGGCAAAGGUCCUGUCGCAAUAAUCGAAACCCUCAUUUCUCUGAUCGUUCAGCCAAAAGAGAAAAAGAAGAACAAAUAGUAAAACUGGUGUGCUGCCGGCCGUCCGUCAUUUAACUGUAACUUUAAGCAGUAGAGAACUUCGCCGGUUUCGUCUAGUACUUCUGCUAAAUAUCUAACGAGUGUUCAUCUCUCGUCGCGGCUAUCCCCACCGCGACGAACCUACGCGUAUACGCGAGCGCUUCUUCCGGCUUUUUGUAUCUUUCCCGGUCGAUUGUCUUUCCCUGUCGUUUCGUUUUCUCUCCCACUCCUCCCCUCUCUCUUUCUAUCUCUUUCUAUCCCUCGCUCUAAUCACCCGCCGAGCUUCUCUCACCUUUCUACUUUUGACAAUCGAGACCGCCGUCGGGGCGAGACGGCUCGCUCGCUCGCUCGCUCGGCCGUGCACUCGCCCACCUCCUCCUCCCCCUCCCCCUUCCCCAUUGCCAUUCGUCGCUAUCGUUGCUCAUGGAGACAUCCCCGGACGCAAAAUCAAAUGUUCGCCGACAAUGUAUCGCAGCGUCGACCGACGAUCUUGUAUUUCCCGUAACACAAUAAACGCACGAAGCCGUACCGCACAUCCCGGACGAAUGCACGGACGGCGAAUACCGAUCCGGCAGUGAGAAUUAUACGAGUGCUCAUUCGGAAGCGCUUGUAUGCGAUUAUUAAGUUCGUACAAGAUACACACGUACAUUCACACACACACGCACACACGUACACACAUAUGCACGCACGCACGCACGCACGCGCACGCACGCACGCACGCACACAUACAGAUAUACAUACAGAUACACAUAUGGGCACACGUCAAAACUAUAAUGUCACUCGGUUCGUAUUACUUACACCCUCGUACAAAAGCGCAUAAUCGAAUGACGAAUUAACAACAACAAAAAAACGCGAAUUUACUAUAGGAUAUUUAUAAAACGUAAAUUUCAGAUAAAUAGAUAGUUUACCAGCUAUAUGAAAUAAUAAUGAGGACAACACACAUCUCUCCAGUAGAGAAACACACAUGCGCCCCUCCCGCCUCCCACACGUACAUCAACCCACACAACCGCCCACUUAUCUAUACACGCGCGCAACACACACAUACAACCACACAUACGCACAUACGUACGCACGCGAUCGCAUGCGCGCGAGUGCAGGUUUACAGUACGGUACAGAUUUAACAACUAGGUAAUUAAUUUACAAAUGAUUAUAAAAAAAAAAAGAUUAAAUGUAUGACUAAUUAAUAUUAAAGAAUUACUAGGAGACUAAUAGGUGAUUUGCAUAUGCAUAUGCCCGUAGAACGAAGGAAUGAAUGCGUGUAUACAUGCGGGCGUGGUACGAUAGUUUUAACGUUGACAACGUUGCGUUUUAUCGCGGAUCUCUUGGAGCCCCCCCGGCUUCAUCGCGGUCCGUCUCUUUCUCUCGGUUGUCGCAACGAUCUCGAAACAUAUAGGCGAAUUUAUAGGCUCGUGUCUCGCUCCCCCCGAUGCGUUCUUCCUAUUCCGCGCGAUCACGGCAGGACGGCACGAAGACCGGUCGUGGCAGAAAGCGCCCGAUUAUUAUAUAUUUCAGAAACGCAUAUAAACGAAGGGGAGGAUCACGACGUCGUCGUCGCGCAAUGUCACGUUUGCGGGGACCGGUGACUGUAACAUCGGAUAAGAAACGAUUUUCACGAAGCCACAGUUGUGAAUUUGCCGAGUAACGAGAAUACUCGCGCGAGGAAAAAAAAAAGGAUUGCCCGUCGGUGUGAUAGCGUUCGUGUGCGUAAAACAUUGCGAAAACGCGAGAAGCAUGAGUCACAAGUGAUUUUGUAAUAUUUCUUAUAAGUUGUAGCUGCCAUAUCCAGUAAUUAAGUACUAGGUGCGUUGAGUGAUAAUCUGACGACGACUGUUAUGCUAAUGAUAAUGAUGAUAACGAUGAUGAUAAUUAUUGAUGAUGAUGGUGAUGAUGACCGUACGUGCUGCGGCACGUGUGUCUCAAUUAAUUUGGAUGAAUUGUGCUAAGAUAUUGAGAGAGACGACGGGUCUAAAGGAAACAAUAACAAGUUCAUUACAAUUAUGUAAUUAUAAAUAAGAGGAAGAGACGAAGAGUAUUAUAACACGUUGUUAAUUGAAUUAAUAAAAUUAGCCCAAAGUAA